UUUCGGUGGCCAAAUGGGUGGUACUCUUUCCAUCCCAAGUGAUAGUCCGAAAGAUAUUCCUGAUCAAAAUCCUGACGAUUUUGACGAUGGUGAUGAUGGCGAUAGUGUUGCUUCUCACCAUAAGAAGAGACCUCGUUCUCGCUCCAAGUCAAACUCUCCACAUCGCAAACGUGCUACUCCUGGAGUCCCAGACGGACCGUCUGCCAAUGUAUGUAUGGUAAAGAAAUCAGGUGUUGGCACGAUUCGUGGCUGGAUGAAACAUGGCAUUGAAUCGAAACAAGAGGUUGUUACUCUUCGCUCUUCUUACAAGCCGUCUUUUGAAGGCAGUUUUGAGCUAAUGGCUCCCGAAUUGGACCCGUCGAUGGUACGUAAAUGGCUUCGUAAUAUUGGUGAUACAUCCGAGAAACCCAAAUUAAAAGAUUUCUGGGAGAAAAACCUGUUAACCCUGCAACGGGAAAUUAAAGAUGUAUUUGAGCCUCUUAUCUUUUUGUUGAAUUCCGUCACGGAGUCUAAUGAAGCUCAUUUGCCAGCUCAAACAGCCACUCGCUUGUUAGGUCACGUGUUUGCUCACAUGACUCAGAUGCGUCGCUUUAAUGCCAUGCGCCACGUGGCUCCGAAAUUCUCCAGCAUGGUGAUGGAUCCUCUGCUUUUCUCUUCACGUGAACACCGUUAUCUCUUUGGAGAAAAAUUUAUUACCGCUCUUGACAAGGAGGCGGAAUUGGAUUCCAAGAUGGAUAAAAUUGGACGCUAUGGCGGUCAUUCUUCUAGCCGUAAGGGCAAUUAUUCAAAUCGCAAAGGCGAUCAACAAAGUGGCGGUUCCCGAAACAACUAUUCCAACAGCUAUUCCAACAACAACAACAAGGGUGGAGCCAACUGGAAUUGGGGAAAACAGCAGCCUCAGCAGCCAAAAGGAAAGCAGCAGCACGGCUCAUAUCAAAACAACAAGAAGCGCAAUUAACGACGCUUGCCCAUUUCGUGCCUCGGCUCUUCAUUGAUAAUCAUCAAGAUAUUCUUCAGUUUUUUUGGUUGGAC